CGUUAUCACAUGUUGCUUGACAUACCGGUGGUUUUUUUUGGGUCUUAUUACUGAUAAAAUUUGAUAGCAUUGAUCAGCAAGUCUGCGGUCUAAACUCCAAACUCGUGAGCUGUAAACCGUGUAAUUUGUGUGCUUAAGUUUUGAACUUAAUACGUGGCGCGUAGCAAUUUACAUAAAUUCCAUCAACACGAUGUCUGUUGAAACGGUUUCUGUAGAGAAACUCACCAUAGGUGAAUUAUAUACAUCCGAAAAAUUUGGCAAUGAUAGUACCGGUGAUGGUACUGAAUCAAAUCCAUUUAAGACUAUUCUGCAAGCGAUGAAAUAUUUUGGAAAAGAACCAUUUCCAUUAAUUUUAGUGGAUUCUAAAACUGAAGGACAAAAGUAUGAACCAGCCGCAAAAACACAGUUGAAAAAAAAUCAAAAAUUUUGGGUGAGAGACAAUCAUAAAAAUGCUGAUAAGGCUAAAAAAGAAGAAGAAGAUAUAGCUAAAAGAAACAAAAAUAUGGAAGAAGCCAAAACAUUGAUUAUAAGUGAAGAUUCGUCAUUACCACCUGCUGUGUUAAUAAAAAUUAAAAAGGCUGAAGAAUAUCGUAAUCGCAGAGUAAAACUAUAUGGUUGGGUGCAUAGAUUAAGGCGACAAGGAAAGUCUUUAAUGUUUAUUACAUUAAGAGAUGGAACUGGAUUUUUGCAAACUGUACUUAAUGAUAAACUGUGUCAAACUUAUAAUGCUCUAAUGUUAUCAACUGAAUCGUCUGUACUUCUUUAUGGAGUAUUAAAAAAAGUUCCUGAAGGAAAAUCGGCACCAGGAGGCCAUGAACUCCAAGUAGAUUUUUGGGAAUUGAUAACAUUGGCACCACCGGGUGGAGCCGAUUCUAUUUUGAAUGAAGACGCACAUCCUGACGUUUUGCUCGACAACAGACAUAUAACCAUACGUGGAGAAAAUACAUCUAAAAUCUUAUUGAUGAGGUCUGUCGUAACUCAAUCAUUCCGAACGCAUCAUUUAGAUAAAGGUUAUGUAGAAGUAGUGCCACCAACACUUGUUCAAACUCAAGUGGAAGGAGGAUCUACACUGUUUAAACUUGAUUAUUUUGGACAAGAAGCUUACUUGACUCAAAGUUCUCAGCUCUACCUAGAAACAUGCUUGCCAGCACUUGGAGAUGUGUUUUGUAUGGCUCAAAGUUAUCGGGCAGAACAAAGUAGAACUAGAAGACAUUUAUCAGAGUAUACUCAUGUGGAAGCAGAGUGUCCUUUUAUUUCUUUUGAUGAUUUAUUGGACAGAAUAGAAGAUAUGAUUUGUGAUGUAGUAAAACGAGUUUUGGAAUCACCUUAUGCUGACAUAGUUAAACAGUUGAAUCCGGAAUUUGUCGUUCCUCAAAAACCUUUUAAAAGAAUAAACUAUUCAGAAGCAAUCCAAUUUUUACGCCAAAAUGAUAUUAAAAAAGAAGAUGAUACGUUCUACGAAUUUGGAGAAGAUAUUCCUGAAAUGGCUGAAAGAAAAAUGACAGAUAUAAUAAAUCAGCCAAUUAUGUUGUGUAGAUUUCCGGCUGAAAUUAAGUCGUUCUACAUGUCUCGUUGUCCCGAAGAUAAUAAACUUACUGAAUCGGUGGAUGUGUUGUUACCCGGUGUCGGUGAAAUAGUUGGUGGAUCCAUGCGUAUUUGGGAUGAAGAAGAAUUGCUGGCUGGCUAUAAAAAAACUGGAAUUGAUCCAAAACCCUAUUACUGGUAUACAGAUCAGAGAAAAUUUGGAUCAUGCCCUCAUGGUGGAUACGGUCUGGGAUUGGAGAGGUUCAUGUGUUGGCUAUUGAACCGUUACCAUAUUCGUGAAGUUUGUCUGUACCCAAGGUUUCUAGAUAGAUGCACACCUUAAUAUGGGUAGUAUAAGAAAUUCAAUGUAGAUUAUUCUUAUAAUCUUACUUGUUUCCAAUAAUAAUAAUAAUAAAUUUGUAUAACAUUUUCAAUAAUAAAAGUGUUGUAUUUAAAUGAAAUAUAUUGAUACUUUUCAAA